AUGAAGCCGCUCGGGUGGCACAAGAACGUGGAAGAGAUUAUCUUCUUUGCUCGCAUCCUCUAUCUCAACGCCUACACAUCGUCCCGCGCUGCGAUCUUGGCCAAGCCGCCAGCCUCUACGCAGCGAAGAGGCGAGCAGCAGGCUCUUCUGCGGUGGCGUCUGGAGCACGUCGUUGCGUGGAUGGACGAGGUCGGCACGACGCUCCUCUGGGCUCUCUUCCUCUUCCUCCUCUUCCUCGUAGCCUCUGUUCCCAUCCUCUGCAUCACCACCCAGUUCGUGCUGCUCUUCAACCGCAUCUUCGCUACCCCACCGCCGCCUCCCAACAGAAAGACGCAGGUCGUAAUCGAUGAGACUGAUCCCCAGUACGGCAUGAAGUUGCGCCAGCGCAAGGGCAAAGAGGUCGACAGCAGCCCCUCUUCCGCCGAAUCCGCUUUCGCCCUCUCCCUCACUGAAGAAGAGCAAAAGCGAUUCGAGGAGCUCAUCCACUCGCCUGUGGCCCAGAAUCUGCGGAUGGUGGCGAUCCUGCCUCACAGGAUCGCCGUUGCCGUAGGCGAGCGCUUCAUCGACUACGUGCGCUUCCGACUGCUCUGA